CUGACAUUCACGCCCCGUCACACACUGUCACAGUCACACAGCCGAACUCCUCCUUUCGACGCCGUUUUUUUCUUGCUGUGACCGAAACUCUCGCGUACGCUUCACGACCCUCCACUGCGGCGGCGGGCGUUUCAUGUACUUCCAAGGUUCCGACCUUGCACAGCACACACUCUGCUGCACGACGCACAGCUCACACGCGCGCUCUCACUCUCGCUCACCUGCACCAUUCAAGUUUCGCCUGCCUCUCACCUGCAGCAGCCUCUUUUAUUUUCAUUGUUGCCCCCCUCCCCACCUUGGCCGGCCUCUCUGCUGUGUGUACCUGUAAGAUUCCACACCACGACUGUACUGCACUGGACUGUACUGUACUGUUCCAACAACCACCAACAACAACAACCCCAAAUCCUCCCGAGGUCUUCAUCAUCAUCAUCAUCAUCAUCAUCGCCAACAUCCUUCUCAUCCUCCUCCAUUUCCUCCCUCCUCUGCCAGUCUGUUCUCUGCGUGCGUUGUUGGUCUCUUGCUGAGGAGAUCGUCGCCCGGGCCGUCAGAUCACCGACUUCGCCGUACUCGCCCGCAACAGUACUACUAUUACAGUAUACACCACCCAUCCUGCCUACUCCGAAACUCUCGGCUCGGUUUCAUCACUCGCCAUUGCGGCCCAUAAUUGGAAACCCACGACUUCGCCUCACGCCUCCUGGCCACUGCCAAUUCACGCGUGACGACAUUACAAUCCUCUGCUCGAUUGACGCUGUCCACAACAUUUAAUCCUAUCCUCCGUCGUUACCGCCCGUCGCUCUCGCCUGAUCAGCCUCAACAU